GGCCUUUCGAAAAUUCCUUCAAUCUGGAUUCUCUCCAUUUAUAUGUUCACAUUCCUAGAACACUACAUGCCUCAAUUCCAAAUGCAUAUUUCAAAAAAAGAGUUUAAAGAGAUAUUCGUGUCAAAAGACAGCGGUGGUAGAGACGGCGAACUCCCGUCGAGUUCGAAGACGAAGAAUGUGUACCCUCCCAUUGAGAACUUUUGGCUACCACCCUCGGUGGCAGAAAAAAUGGUGGAUGCUCCGAGGGGUGGAGGCCUCGGCUCGAAGCUGCUUCAACCGCUAUGGUUUCGGAGACCGUCGAAAGGAAGCUUGAAGAUGGCAAUGGAAGGGAAACAUGAUCCAAAGGAAGAAAAAGCAGUUGAUAAGUUAAGGGAAAUGCUUUUUCUUGAUGGUAAACUGCCAACCAAAUUCAACGAUUAUCAUACUCUUCUAAGAUUUCUUCGGAUGAGAGAUUUUGAUAUUGAAGCAGCAAAAGACAUGUUUUCGAAAUUCAUCAAAUGGAGAGAGGAUUUUAAAACCGAUACAAUUUCAAAGGAUUUUAAAUUUGAAGAGAAAGAAGAAGUAAAGAAAUGCUACCCACAUGGAUUUCAUGGAGUAGAUAAAUAUGGAAGGCCAAUAUACAUAGAAAGGAUUGGAAUGGUGGAUCUCAACAAAUUGUUGCAAGCAACAACACUUGAGAGAUUUGUAAAGUAUCAUGUUUCUGAACAAGAGAAGACUUUGAGUAUUAGAUAUCCUUCAUGUUCUAUUCAUUCCAAGAAGCAUAUUGCAUCUACUACAAGCAUUUUAGAUGUUGGUGGUGUGGGAAUGACUAACUUCUCCAAACCUGCAAGAUACUUGUUUACAGAAAUUCAAAAGAUCGAUAGUAAUUACUAUCCAGAGACACUAAAUCAACUGUUUAUAAUCAAUGCCGGAUCAGGUUUUAGAAUAUUAUGGAAAGCACUUAGAGCAUUUAUUGAUCCUCGCACAUUAGCUAAGAUUCAUGUUUUAGGACAUAAUUUUGUUCACGAGCUACGCGAAAUCAUAGAUCCAAGUAAUUUACCAACAUUUCUUGGUGGAAAUUGUGUUUGUUGUGAAUUUGGAGGUUGUCUUUUUAGUGAUAAAGGUCCUUGGAAUGAUCCCGACACUCUUGCCUUGCUUCAGGUUAUCUCUUCGGCAGAUGAAACAUAUGAUAAUCCCGAAAAUGCUUUGUUAGACGACACAAAAAUCCAAGCCUUAGAAGAAGCAUUAGAAGAGACAAAGAAAAAAAUUAAGGCAUUAGAAAUAGCACUUGAAGAUACCAAAGUGAUUUUGAAAGAUUUAACAAAACAUAUAGAAGACUUGAGAAGUUGAGAAUUGAAAGUCCAAUCAAAAUGCAUCGGUUUUUAUAGUUGUAGAUCAAUUGGUAUUCAAGAAUGUAAUUUUAGGAGCAAUUACUACGUACCAAAAGGAGUAUUGCUCAACUUACAUAAAACUUUCCACCAUCUAUCUCACGAUCAAAAGUUCGAACA